AGUAUUUAAAUUUGAUUGCGCUAAGGUAGAAAGCUUUCGUGAUCAGAAAAAAAAUAGUGUAAAUUUAUUUUAAUUUCGGUCGGUUGUAAUCGAAACAUAAUUUUCAGUUGUUGGUGCUCGAGAGCCGUAUCUUACAAUCAUUCUACGCGCGAACUUUUGUCGGUUGACAACGGUUUUCAGUCUGCUAACGCGCUAGUCCAUCGACAGUAAAAUUAUUGGAUUUGGUUUAUAAAGGGACUUCCAACUAAACUGUGUUGUAGUGCAAAGAAAACUUUUCGAAUAAAAAAUAUGAUUAUUAAGUCAGUGUUUACACUAUGCUUCAUUGGCGUGUUGACUUUACUAGCCCCUGAAGUAAAAAGUGCUAAUAUAUUAGCGGUCUAUGCAUUUCCUGGUAAAAGUCAUUUCAUGAUGCAUCGAACACUCAUUAAAGAACUUAUAAAUCGUGGACAUCAGGUUACUAUGGUUACAGCAUUUUCUCUGGAAGAUCUAAAACUUGGCGAUAAUUAUACCGAAAUUCUUAUAGAACCUGUAUAUGAUUUUUGGGACGAUAUUAAAAAACAUUUUGGCGCUACAAACCUAUUCGAAUUGACUAGCAUGACAGUUUUUGACUUUCUCAAAAUGCUUGAAAUAUUGGGAGUUGCCACUACUGAGCACGCAUUACGUCAACAGAAAGUGGUGGCUUUAAUAAACGCAAAGAAAACUGAAGGUGUAUACGAUCUACUCCUGGCAGAACAAUUUUAUCAAGAAGCAUUCCUAGCAUUGGCCAAAGUCUAUAACAUACCGGUUGUAACUACUAGCACACUUGGUUUUGAGAAUCACAUGAGUCAAAUAAUGGGAGUUUUGACACCCUGGUCACAUGUACCACAUGGUUUUUUGCCAUUUUUAGAUCGAAUGACAUUCACGGAACGUCUGAAGAACAGUUUCUAUUCAUUAUACGAGGAUUUGGAUCGGGAAUAUAAUUACUUUCCAAAAAUGGAUGAACUCGUUCAGACAUAUUUUUCAAAAGCAUUAGCUAACUUAGAUGAAAUACCUAAAGUUACUCAAAUGGAAAAGAAUAUUUCGGCUUUGUUACUGAACAGUUACGUGCCGUUGACUACACCACGUCCUACUGUUGCCGCGAUGAUAUCAGUGGGUGGUCUACACAUUUACCCGUCCAAACCUUUGCCAGAGGAUUUGCAAACGUUUCUAGAUGAAGCAGAGUAUGGCGCUAUAUACUUUGCUUUAGGAAGUAAUGUUCAAAGCAAGGAUAUGCCAGAUGAAAAACUUAAGAUGUUCCUGCGUGUGUUCUCCAGUAUAAAGCAACGUGUAAUUUGGAAAUUUGAGAACGAAUCCAUUCCUGAUCUACCUAAAAAUGUAUUAAUAAGAAAAUGGUUGCCACAAAGUGAUAUACUAGCACAUCCAAAUACUAAGCUAUUCAUAACACAUGGAGGUCUAUUCAGUACACAAGAAGGAGUGCACCAUGCUGUACCAAUGUUGGGAAUUCCAUUCUAUUGUGAUCAGCAUCUUAAUAUGAAUAAAGCUGUUAAGAAUGGAUAUGCUAUAAGUCUUCACUUUCAAUCAAUUAAUGGGGAUAUAUUGAGAGGCACUAUUAUCAAGUUGCUAACAGAGAGUACGUACAGGAAGAAUAUAGAACGCAUAUCAGCAAUAUUUCAUGAUCGGCCAACACAUGCACGUGAUACCGCUAUGUAUUGGAUCGAAUAUGUGAUCAGAUAUAAGGGUGCCUCGCAUAUGCGAUCGGCAGGUCUGGAUCUCAAAUGGUAUCAAUACUAUUUACUGGAUGUGAUUGGUUUUGUUUUGGCAAUGAUAAUUUUAGCUGUGAUAUUGGUAGUUAUAUUAAUACGUCUAAUGCUAAAACGUGUUUGGCGUGCGCCACGAGUACCGAAACCAAAAACUAAUUAAUUAUAAGUAAAUUUGUAAUACUAAAUUAUGUUUAUAAGUAUAUUUUAUAGAGAUAUGUAUGUCAUAUUAUCAAAAAAUUGAGGAAGAUAUUAUUGUGACGAAGUGUAUGUGAUAAAUAUUUUAAAUAAACAAAUUUGUAUUGUAUAAAUAUUUUUGCUAAUGAGUGUUAAAUAAAUUGUUUAUGGACAGUAUAAAGACAUUUGGUCUAUAAAUUUAUUUAUAAGAAAAGAUUUCAAUUUUAAACCAAAUAAGCCUUAUCAGGUCACACA